AGUGAUUGCUGAGUACCUGCCAAGUUUCAGGGCUGAGUGAGACACAGAACAGAAGGGCACACACAGAAGGGUUUCCCCUUCUCUGUUUAUUGCAGAGAAUGCGGUAAACAUCAAACACAGCAAUAAGGGGCCAGGAUGAGGGAACAGAGGUGGCUAAGGGUGGCCUCUGUGUUCUCCUGCUCCCCAGGCUGUAAUCCAAAAUCCCUUCAGCAAUGGCGGCAGCCCCGCAGCCGAAGCUGUCAGCGGGGAGGCACGAUUUGCCUACUUCCCAGCGUCCAGUGUGGGAGAUACCACAGCUGUGUCUGUACAGACCACAGACCAGAGUUUGCAGGCCGGAGGCCAGUUCUAUGUCAUGAUGACGCCCCAGGAUGUGCUUCAGACAGGAACACAGAGGACGAUUGCGCCCCGGACACACCCCUACUCCCCAAAAAUUGAUGGAACCAGAACACCCCGAGAUGAGAGAAGAAGAGCUCAGCACAAUGAAGUGGAGCGGAGGCGGAGGGACAAGAUCAACAACUGGAUCGUCCAACUUUCAAAAAUCAUUCCAGACUGUAACGCAGACAAUAGCAAGACAGGAGCGAGUAAAGGAGGGAUUCUGUCAAAGGCCUGCGAUUACAUCCGGGAGCUACGCCAGACCAACCAGCGCAUGCAGGAGACCUUCAAGGAGGCUGAGCGGCUGCAGAUGGACAAUGAGCUUCUGAGGCAACAGGUGGGAGCCAGGGCCGAAGGCUGGGUGGGGGCUCGGGACCUCCGAGCAAGGAGCCAGGCCCGGCGUCCUUGUCACUUAUGUCUGCCAGAUCGAGGAGCUGAAGAACGAGAACGCCCUGCUUCGAGCCCAGCUGCAGCAGCACAACCUGGAGAUGGUGGGCGACAGCACCCGGCAGUGACGCCCACCCCCCCGUGCAGCCGCCGCCGGCCUCUGCUGCCCCCUCCCCAGCCCUUAGCACAGAGAGGGACACAUGCCCCUCCCCCAGCUGCGUUUUUUUAUAGUAGAUUUUUAACAAAAACGGGGAGAAAUAAUGCAUUUCUGUGGAUACCGUGCCCACCGCCCUCCUCGACUUGGAAGCGAUGUCCUUCCUCCCUGUCUGUCUGUCUGUCUCCCUUCUCCGGCCCUCACCAAGCCCCGGCACUUCUGGCGGUCUCAUCUGGAGGCGCGAGGGCGGAGGACAGAGGCCCUGCCAUAUCCCGCUGCCUCCUUGGUCUCCAGAGGCACUGAGACAGGGUGCUUGUGGGAAGGAGGGGAGCCUUUGGGGGCCGCCCGGGGGCCUGGACCUAGCAGGGAGGCCCGUCCCACCCACCUCUUGUUUCUGGAUCCCCGCUCCCCUUGGGUGUGUGUGUGUGCGUGUUUUAAUUUUCUUUAUGGAAAAAUGGACAAAAAAAUAGAGAGAGAGAGGUAUUUAACUGCAAUAAACUGGCCCCAUGUGGCCCCGCCUUGUC